AUGCUGAGCACUGACAAGAACCAAAGUGGCAUGGUCACCUUCAUCCUCUUAGGUUUUUCUGAUAAACCAGAGCUCCAGUUCCCCCUCUUUCUGGUGUUCCUUGUCAUUUAUAUUGUGACUGUGGUGGGGAAUCUGGGGAUGAUUAUGAUUAUUAAGAUCAACCCCAAACUCCACACUCCUAUGUACUUUUUUCUCAGUCAUUUGUCCUUUGUGGAUUUUUGUUACUCUACAGUGGUUACGCCUAAACUGCUGGAGAACUUGGCUGUGGCAGAUAGAAUGAUGUCUUUCAGGGGAUGCAUCACUCAAUUCUUUUUUGCUUGCACAUUUGUGGUGACAGAAACAUUCCUGUUGGCAGUGAUGGCCUAUGACCGUGUCGUGGCCAUUUCUAAUCCCUUGAUGUACACAGUGGCCAUGUCUCAGACACUUUGCACCUCGUUGGUGACUGGGGCAUAUGCAUGGGGUAUUGUCAAUUCCCUUGUCAUUAUGUCCUCUCUCCUUUCAUUAUCCUUUUGUAGAUUUAGCAUCCUGAAUAAUUUUGUCUGUGAAUAUUCUGUCAUCCUGUCUGCUUCCUGCUCUGAUACCUAUGUGAGUGAAAUGCUUCUUUUCACCUUUGCUACCUUCAAUGAGGUGAGCACACUCUUGAUAAUCCUCACCUCCUAUCUUUUUAUUUUGGUCACUCUGAUACAAAUGGAUUCAGCAAAGGGGAGGCGGAAAGCUUUCUCCACAUGCGCCUCUCAUUUCAUGGCCAUUAGUAUCUUUCAUGGGACAAUUCUCUUCCUCUACUGUGUACCCAGGAAUCAGAAUCUAAACGAGGAGAUCAAAGUAGCCUCUGUAUUCUAUACGGUAAUAAUUCCUAUGCUGAAUCCCCUGAUCUACAGUCUGAGAAACAAAGAUGUGAAGGAAACUGUCAUCAAUUUAACGUUCACAAAAAUAUUACGUCAAUUCAUUUGCUCUUGUUAA